CAGCGUGUGGAAUAUAAUAUAGGACACUAGCACACACCGGGCACCUGAAAAAUUGAUCUAGGUCGUUUGCGUGGUUGAAUCUGGUUGGUUGGCCACAUCAUCAAUACAUAAUCGGAAUCAGUUAAAUGUUUGAUACGUUAGGGCUAUCUUGAACUCACACCUGCCUUUCUAACGUCUUCAGCUAAAGUGUAUAACAUAAUAUAAAUGCAAGGGUUAUGCAGCAGAUUUUAGUAACAUUGAUUUUGCUGAUCCAGUCAUCUGUGGCUGUAAACAGAGAUAAUUUUAAGACAUGUCAACAAAGUGGUUUCUGCAAGAGGCACAGGGCAAUGACCCCAGGUCAAAGUGCAUAUGAAGUAUUAACAGAAACAGUCAAUGUACAGUCGACAUCAGUCAAUCUACAACUACUCAAUACAGUCACUAAUGUCAAACUUACAUUAGAAUUGUCAGGUCUGGAGAGAAGUACAGCAAGAAUCAAAAUCAAUGAAGUGGAACCAAUUAAACAAAGAUAUGAAAUUCCUAUUGGAGAUGUGCUGGUGGAGGAACCAAAAAGACAAGGAUUGAAAAAGUUGGAACAGACUAGUCAAAGUUUAACAUUAGGAAUAGAGAAAAAUAAAAUAGUGAUUAGUUUUAAACCUUUCCGUAUAGACUUUUAUACAGAAGAUGAACCAGUUGUCAGUAUAAAUGCUCAAGGUCUACUCAAAUUUGAACAUUAUAGACAUAAGCAGGGCUGGUUAAAUAAGGCAGGUUCUUCUAUAUUCUCAUGGUUUUCCGCACCUUUCAGAGAAGCCCAGCCAGAAGAAAACGUAGAAGAAGCUAAAGAAGGAGAAGAACCAAAGGAAGGAGAUGAAAAUGCUGAAGAAAAGCCUGCUGAGGAGGAACAAAAGAAGGACGAGGAGGAGCCAGAUCUAUGGGAGGAAACAUUUAAAUCAUUUACUGAUUCUAAGCCACAUGGGCCGAGUUCAGUUGGAUUAGAUGUAUCCUUCCCAGGGUUUGAGAAUGUUUAUGGUAUACCAGAACAUGCUGAUGAUUUUUCCUUAAAAACUACAAAAGAUACAGAUCCCUAUAGAUUAUUUAAUUUAGAUGUGUUUGAGUAUGAACUAUACAAUCCUAUGGCUUUGUAUGGAGCUGUGCCAGUAAUGAUGGCUCACAAUGAGAAAAAUACAGUAGGAAUAUUUUGGCAUAAUGCAGCAGAAACCUGGAUUGACAUAAAAUCAAAUGUAGCAGAUAAGAAUUUCUUCUCCAAGGUUGCAGACUUUUUCAAGCAAGAUUCUGAUAUUCCCCAGACAGAUACACAUUGGUUUUCAGAAAGUGGUGUGAUUGAUUUGUUUGUAAUGCUGGGACCAAAACCAAAAGAUGUGUUUAAACAGUAUGCUGUGUUAACAGGCACCACACCUGUUCCUCCAUUGUUUUCAAUAGCAUAUCAUCAGUGUAGAUGGAAUUACAAUGACCAAGAUGAUGUUAGAAAUGUUGAUGCCAAUAUGGACAAAUUUGACAUUCCAUUUGAUGUGAUUUGGUUAGAUAUAGAACAUACUGAUGGUAAAAGAUAUUUUACAUGGGAUGGAAAUAAGUUUUCACACUCAGUUGACAUGAUAAAUAAUGUAGCCUCUAAGGGUCGUAAAAUGGUGACAAUUGUUGAUCCACAUUUAAAGAAAGAUGAUAAUUAUAAGGUGUAUGCUGAUGCAAAAAGUAAAGAUUUAUUGGUCAAAAAUAAAGAUGGCAAUGAAUAUGAUGGAUGGUGUUGGCCAGGAUCCUCAGCAUGGCCAGAUUUUACUGACCCAGAGGUCAGAAAAUGGUGGGAAUCGAAGUUCUUGCUGUCAGAAUAUGAAGGUAGCACUAAUGACCUACACACAUGGAAUGACAUGAAUGAACCAUCUGUAUUUAAUGGUCCAGAAAUCAGUUUUCAUAGAGAUGCCAAACAUCACCAUGGAUGGGAGAAUAGAGAUGUACACAAUAUAUACGGUCAUUUAGUGCAACAAGCAACAGCAGAUGGAUUGAUAUUAAGAUCUGAUCACAAAGAGAGACCUUUUGUUUUAACUAGAUCUUUCUUUGCUGGUUCACAGAGAAAUGGUGCUGUAUGGACAGGAGACAAUAUAGGAGAAUGGAGCCAUCUCAAGGUGUCCAAUCCUAUGUUGUUAUCAUUAAAUCUUGUUGGUAUUACUUUUGCUGGAGCUGAUGUGGGUGGCUUCUUCAAAAAUCCUGAUCCUGAGUUACUAACAAGAUGGUGGCAAGCAGGUGCAUUCCAGCCAUUCUUCAGAUCUCAUGCUCAUAUUGAUACAAAACGAAGAGAACCAUACUUAUUACCAGAUAAUAACAUGAAGAUUGUCAGGAAUGCCAUCAGAGCAAGAUAUACAUUCUUACCCUACUGGUAUACAGUUUUCUAUAAUACUUAUAAAAAUGGGGGACCAGUCAUGCAGCCACUGUGGGCAGAAUAUCCAGAAGAUAAAUUAACAUUUAAAAUGGAUGAUCAAUUUUUAAUAGGUCCAUCAUUACUGGUUAAACCAAUUACAGAACAAGGGGGUACUGGUACCAAUGUAUAUUUCCCAGGAGCUAAUGAUGUUUGGUAUGAUAUUUUGACAGCAGAGAAAUAUUUGGGAGGAAAGUCUAUUUAUGUAAAUGCACCUUUAGAAAAAAUACCAGUAUUCCAGAGAGGAGGUUCUGUCAUACCAAGAAAAAUGAGAGUGAGACGGUCGUCUGGGCUGAUGCAUGAUGAUCCAAUCACAUUGUUUAUUUGUCUUGAUAGACAGGGUAAAGCUAGUGGUGAUAUGUAUGCAGAUGAUUAUCACACAUUCCAAUAUCAAAAGGGAAAAUAUUUACAUCGACAAUUUACAUUUUCUAAUAAUAAGUUAACUAAUAGCAAUGCAGAUAAAAAUGGUGUUUUUGAAACAAAAGAAUGGAUAGAGAGAAUAUUAAUUUUAGGAGUUCUUAAAAAGCCAAACGGUGUUGCAAUUAAAAUAGGAAAUCAACAACAACAAUUAGCUUUUGGAUAUGAUCCUAAUACAUCACUUUUAGCAAUUAAGAAACCAGGAACUAAAUUGCAGGAAGAUUUUGUCAUCACACUUCUGUAAUUAAUGCUAUAAAUAGGAUCUACUUACCAUAACAAUCAGUCAUGUGAUUAUUGUGUUACUAAAAAUAUAGAUGAUGUAAUAUGGGUGUUAAUGUGAUCUCUAGAUGAAUAAGUGGUUGUAUGUGUAAAGAAUGAUUGUUGUGGAUGGUCUGGUGUGAAAGUUUUGAUAGUGCUUAGUAUACUGUAUAACAUGUUAUAGGGUCACAUUCUUACUUAAUUACUGAAGUAAAAUAUUUGGGAGUUUUUCUUAAAAAUAUAACAGUAUUAUCACACAUUGAUUGGUUUGGACUUAUCAAGCUGGUGUUAGAUGGAUUGUCUUUAUAAGCUUGAAAUAGUUUGAUGGGAGGGAGGGGGGGGGGAUAAUCUGAAUGUAAUAUCUAGGUUGUCAAGUCAUAUGCUUAAAGCAGAAGUUCAGGUGGAUAAUCUAGACAUAAACUUUAUAAUCAUGUAAUUCCGAUAGCAAAUAAAUGUCUCUACAUGUUUUUUUCCACCUUUUUCUGUAUUUUUAUAUACGUAAUUUUUGUUCUUUGAAUGUAGCAUAAAUACAUUCCAAUUCUGUUAAUUUACAAUUAUGAAACAUGGCCAGUUAAGCAAUUUUCAUAAUCAUUUAUUUAUAAAUGUGUUGGGUACUUAAUAACUAAAUUCCCAAUGUGCAAUUUUUACGAAAUAUUCCAUGAUAAGGAAAAUAUUUCAAGAUUUACAUUCAAAAUUGAUUAUUACGAGGAAGAAUGAAAAUAUAUCAAGUUCCAUACCUCAAGAUGCUUGUAUAUGAGGUUCAAUAGUGCUAGAAUGUAGUGUAUAUAUGUUGGUGUUAGAAGGGGAGAAAAAUUAUCGGUGAUUCUUGAUGCAUGUUUACAAAUCAAAGUUUUUUUCUACAACUUCAUCAUAUUUUAUCAUUGGUGCAAUUGCUAGUCAGUUUCAAAGGUUAUUUUAAAAUUACAUGUUUAAAUACAUGAGAGAACGCAUCAAUAGUGACAGAAAAUUUUCAAUUUUGCAUUAAUGAAUAUUUUUUUUCAGUUUGUGAUUUAUUGUGCAGGAUUUUGAAUAUAAAUUUGAUAUAUUAAAAGUUAUGUUGUUAAUGAUUUAUAAUUAGUUUGUAUUCAAUAUAUAGUGGGUUAUUUAAAUGGACAAAACAUAUUGCACUUAAACACAUAUAAAUGUGCAAAUUAACAAGUAUUUAAGGGUAAGAAUUUUGAAAAUGUAAAUUUGGGAUUAAAUGCAUUGUUUAAGAAUGUGACAGUGUGGACUUUACAAUGUUAAAAAACAUACAUUUUACUUUCUGUAUGUAAUUUCUACCACAUGUGAUAUUUUUCUUAUGAUUUGUAUAUUCACUCAUUAAUUUGCUAAAAUGCACUUCAAUUCUAAUAAUUUCACCUUAUGCAUCGUGUCAUUCCAUUAACUUGAUGUUCUUUCUUUAUUCAUUAUUGUGCAUUUUGUAUUUCACUAUGUAAGGGACCGGGAAAUGAAUACACACAUUUGUUCACUUGGCCCAAAGGUCAUGUUUAACUACUGCCAUCACUAUGUGUAUGUAUGUUCAUUGUCUUUAAUGUUUUCCAAUUAUGUUGCUCAGCUAAUUAAAAAUAGCAGUGGUGGAUCCAGAAAUUUUCAUAGAUAGGGGGCCACUGACUACCUAAGAUCAUCCUUUGAUGAUUCCCUAUAUAAUCAAACAAUUUUUUCCUAGAAAAAGGGGGCCCGGGCCCCCUCACUUAAUGCACCUCUAAAUAGAUUACCUGAAUCAUUCUCAGGAUGCCCACUAUUCAAAGUAUGUCUGCUGACAUACCUAUAACCUAAUGACCCAAUUACUUACGACCUUUGGACGUGAUUGAAAAUGACUGCCUGCAUCUUCAUUGUCUGUCGUCAAAGUUGAUAUUUUAAUGUUUAAAAAUUAAUGAUCUACUGAUUUUGAUUUUUAUACCAGAAACAUUUAUAUCACUUUUGCCCUGAUUUACCCUGUGUCAUGUUGGAAAUUUCAUGAAAAUGACAUAAGUUUUGCUCAUUGUUCUAAUAACCAUGGUUACACAAGGAAUUGGAAAUCCUUGCCCCAUGUAUUUUUAGUCCCCUACUGACGAAGUCGAAGGGUUCUUAAGGUUUGCAAUCUGUCAGUUUGUCUAGCAAAUCAGUUUUCCAGACUUUUUUGUUAGAUCUUGUUUUAAAUAAUGAUUAAUAUUGGUAACUGUUUGCAGUUUAAUACAAAUUAUACAUAAAUAUGUAUGCAUUGAUCACAAGGUAUUGAAAAGCUUAUUUAGAUCAAGAUCACCAUUUAGAUAAUGCAGCUAGUUGGCAAUGCAGGCUUUGUGGGCAUAUAUACCAUGAUUUAUACCUCCAAACAAAAGUGAAAUUUUUUAUCCAAGAAUAUUCAAUAUACUUUAUUACAGAAUUUCCAAUUCUAAAAGUACAUGAAACACAUAUGUUUGUCAUAACUUAUUUGAUGCAACUGAAAACAUUUUAUACAAUUAUGAAUCAAUUAGAAUUUCAUGUUUUAAUUUAAGGGAAGAAAAUGAUCCAUUAUUGAAAUAUAUUAAAUACAGUCAAACAGAUGCAUACCUUAGUUUUAUGUUUUGCCUUAAAGUGUCUUUUACGUUAUGCAAAAUUGUGUUAUUACAUUUGUUUUCCAUUUAGAAAUUCAGUAGUAUUGUCAUUUAAAAAAUCUAUUAAAGCAAAAGUCCUGUUAUUUUUUCUAUUUUUCAAUUUUUAACUUAAAUUUUAAGUGAAGUAUACAUUUUGUAGAUUCAAACAUUUGUUAUUUAGUAAAGUCUUCAGGAGGAAUGAAUGCACUGUAAAAGUUAAAUUUAUUUGUUCAGUUAUAUGGAUAUUUUGUAUGGAAAAUAAUGAAGACAAUUAAAGUUUCUAUUCUGUAAA